GCAAUGACUGGGGAUAAACACAAAGCGCUCAGCGGAUUUUCUUAUGGAAAUAUUACUUUUUAUAAAUCUAGGCUUGUUUAAUAGUAACCACUUUGGUCUCGGGUUAUUUUUACACAGUCUGUGAGUUUUAAUUGCCGGCUUUUCUGGUGGAUUUGCAAUGGCAUCAAGCUAUGGAUCACUUGUAAAGCAAGCCAUUGUGCUGCUGGAUAAAUUCAAAGCUGGCAGACAGUGUCUGGAUGACUUUAUAGAAGAUGCUUCAAAGGAUCUGCAGACCAUGGAUCCUUUGCAAAAGAAGUUCAUCCUUGAUGCUAUAUAUGGAUGUGUCGAACAAAAAAAAUUGCUGGAUGUAGUUGUCACUCCCUUCUUCGGGCAAAAUGGGAAAUGCUUAUCCAGAGGUGACCGCAGCCAGUUUGUCAUUAUCUGUUACCUCGCUACAUUUGUUCUUGACGACCUUGGGUUUCAGCAGUUUAGUAACAUUGUUAAAUCCCUGGACAUCAAGAAGAUGCACGCAUUCUUGAGUUUCUUCUUCUCGAACCUCACCACCUGGAUACAAGUGCAGUGGAACGGCAUCUAUGACUCCGCCUUCGUGGAGGAACACUGGAUUGGUCCCCUGCUUCGAUGGCGCCCUGAGAUUGAUAUUCUCGUGGACCAGCUCGCUGUCAAAAUAUCUCAAGGGAGCCAGAUCAAGAAAGCGCCGAUCAAAACCACGCAGCCGCAAGAGUUCUCCCUCACCAGGCCUAAACCUCGACCUCUGCCAAUGCCUGAGCUCAUCCCACAGCAGGAAAAAUCCAAACCAGUACCAGAAAGCACCUACAAGCCUCCGAAGGAGAUGGAGACUCUAGAGGAGGUCAAACAAAAGAACCAUCAAAAGGCUCAGGAAUUGCUGUAUGAGGCGAAUACGAAACAGUUCAGCUGUGUAAAGCCACAGAAGUCUGAGCACACAAAGAGGGCGAUUUCCCAAAUUGAGGAAGACCUGGGUUCAAAGCUCAAAUUUAAUUCUGUUCAUUCCUCGGGAACUCCUUCCACUAACAAGAGCUGCAGCAUCAAGCUCAACAACGCAGCCAUCCUGAGGAGGGAGGCGCUGUAUGCACGCCAGGUGGAGGAGGAGCUGCAGAGAAUAGAGCGACUGGCGCAAGGCGCCCGCGAGCCCUCGUCGUUCCUGCGGUGGCAGCAGGAGAUGCUCGAGAAGGACCUCCAGGAGAAGCUGAACAGGAUUGAGCGCAGGUACCUGGAGGGGCGCAUCACCGACGAGGAGGUGGCUCUGGCUCGCCAGCGAAUGAUGGAACGUAACCAGAAGACUGCACAGCAGCAGAAAGAAGAGACAGCCAAGCUGAUGCAAAGAUAUGCAGAGAAAAGGCUGCGGGAGGAAAAAGUAAUGAGAGACUUGGUCCAACAAGUGGCAGAGGGCCACAAGAAUUCAAAGGCUGCUAAAGAGAAGAUACAGAAAUUGAAGCAAAGCAUAGUGAAAGAAGUCUCAGAACAAAGUCAGGAGCUCCUUCGUCAAGCGCUGGAGAAGGCGCAGGCAGAGCUGAGCAGAAAAUUUGAAAUCAUCCUCGAAAUUCGCUGCAUUGAGUCCCUUCCUCACAUCAGAAGCAAGAAUUUCGACGAAACGGAGGCCGCAGGCCACGAGCUGCUGGGGGAGAUGUCCCUGGCCGAGCUGAAGGAGCGGCUGGCCUUUCUGAAGGAGGCAGAGCGAAGGGAGCAGCAGGAGAAACGGAAGCACAUCAUGGAGGAGAAGCAGAAAAAGAAGCAGCUGCUGCUGGAGAAGCUGGACGCCAUCGAGCUGCACAGGAGGGCGCUGGCGGAGACGGCCACCGUCAGGAAAGAGGAGAGGAAAGCCAAGCUGGAUUUCCUUCAGCAGACCGUGGAUCAAGAUGAGACCAUCCUGGCUCUGAGGAAGAAGCUCGAGGAGAAAAAACAAGAGCGUCAAAGGCUGAAGCAAAUGGAAAGCAACAAGGCCUCUAAACAGACAUCAGCGCAACAGACACACAACCAAAGAAAGGAGAAAAGCUGGGAGGAACUGGAGCAGAGCUUAGCGAGCUACAUCCAGGAUGCUCCUUAGAUGUAAGACAAUAAUAUGUGUAGUUUUAUGAAUUUUAGGAAUAACAGAAUAUAGAAUAAUAAUAAACAGUUCGUCUUCUGUCAAAUCUUCUUGACACAUUUGCCAUUAAAACAGUUUCAACGGUU